AUUAGCAGCAACGAAUCAUUGGUGACGAUUUAUUCCAGUGGUUCACUACUGAAAAUAAAAAUAAAAAAUUACUCCAAUGAUGCCGACAAAUUAUAAAAAAUGUAUAUUAAUUUUCUGCAUGAUGCUACCGAUGGUAGCUCAGGCUAAAAUCGCCGACUUCGACGAAUAUUUGCAAAAGAGGGCUGCAGAAUCCUACGAGGAAUCCUUGAACUCAUUCGAUCCCAACCCUGAGGGUGUGACCGAUGAUUUCAACACUCUCGUUGGCGAGACUAUGAUUGUUACAUAUAAUGGAACAAGGAGAAAUCUAAUCAAUGAGGAGGGGUGCAAGGCUACUAACCCGAUCGAUCGCUGCUGGCGGUGCGACCCACACUGGAACAGGGACAGGAAGAGGCUAGCCCAGUGCAGUGCCGGAUUCGGACACCGCACAACCGGAGGCAAAAAGGGGAGAUACUACGUGGUGCACGACCCAUCCGACUACGACAUGGUGAACCCGAAACCGGGCACCCUUCGCCACGCGGUGACACGGAGCGAGCCGUUGUGGAUCGUUUUCGCCCACAGCAUGGUGAUCCAUCUCAAGCAAGAGCUAAUCGUAAGUAGCGACAAGACGAUCGACGGGCGUGGCGCGGUAGUCCACAUAGCGGACGGCGCGGGCAUCACCCUCCAAUUCGUCCACAACGUGAUCAUCCACAACAUCUGGAUCCACAACAUAGUCCCCGCCAACGGCGGCACCAUCAGAGACGCGGUCGACCACGUCGGGCUACGAACACAGAGCGACGGCGACGCCAUCACUGUGUUCAGCUCGAGCAACAUAUGGAUCGACCACGUCUCCCUCUCUCGGGCCACGGACGGGCUGAUCGACGUGAUCGAGGGUUCGACCGCGGUGACCAUCUCGAAUUGCAAAUUCAACCACCACAACGAUGUGAUGCUUCUCGGGGCAAAUGACCAGAGCUCGAAAGACGCGAUCAUGCAAGUGACGGUGGCGUUCAACAGAUUCGGGAUCGGGCUGAUCCAGAGAAUGCCGAGGGCGAGGUGGGGGUUCGUGCACGUGGUCAACAAUGACUACUCGCAUUGGGAGCUGUACGCGAUCGGGGGAAGCGCUCACCCGACCAUCAUAAGCCAGGGGAACAGGUUCAGAGCCUCAAACUACCGUUACACGAAAGAGGUGACAAAAAGAGACUACGCGCCAGAGAGCGAGUGGAUGAAAUGGCAAUGGAGGUCGGAGGGAGAUCUGUUUACCAACGGGGCAUACUUCAGAGAGUCGGGGCCGCCGUUGCACCACACCAAAAACCCAUUGAUGAAGGAGAAUUUGAUCAAGUUCAGGCCGGGAUCGUUCGUCGGGAGGCUCACUCGCACCUCCGGAGCGCUUAGAUGCCGCAAUCACCACUAUUGCUAGAUCAUUCUUUCUCUUUUCUCUACAUAUUCAUAUAAUCUUUAAUUUGGCUUCCGCGUCCAUCCACUUGUAACAGACUCAUUUUCCUUGUAACAAUACUCUUACAUACUGGAAACUUGUAAUUUUACUUCUAA